CUACGCGAUCACGCUGAGCUAGCGCCCGGGCCUGGAAUCGGCCGCAGACUCCUCAGCCGCGUCCUCCGCCUCCUGACCAUGGACCCCCGCAAAGUGAGCGAGCUUCGGGCCUUCGUAAAAAUGUGUAAGCAGGAUCCGAGCAUUCUGCACACUGAGGAAAUGCGCUUCCUGAGGGAGUGGGUGGAGAGCAUGGGGGGUAAAGUACCACCUGUUUCUCAGAAAGCUAAAUCAGAAGAAAAUACUAAGGAAGCAAAAACAGAGAAGGCGGAGGAAAACAUACAGACAGAGGAACCAUCAAGUGAGGAAAGUGAUCUAGAAAUUGAUAAUGAAGGUGUGAUUGAACCAGACACUGAUGCCCCGCAAGAAAUGGGAGAUGAAAAUGUAGAGAUAACUGAGGAAAUGAUGGAUCAGGCAAAUGAUAAGAAAGUUGCAGCCAUUGAAGCCCUAAAUGAUGGUGAACUACAGAAAGCCAUUGACUUGUUCACAGAUGCCAUCAAGCUGAAUCCUCGGUUGGCCAUUUUGUAUGCCAAGAGAGCCAGUGUCUUCAUCAAAUUACAGAAGCCAAAUGCUGCCAUCCGAGGUUGUGAUAGAGCCAUUGAAAUAAAUCCUGAUUCAGCUCAGCCUUACAAAUGGAGAGGGAAAGCACACAGACUUCUGGGCCAUUGGGAAGAAGCAGCCCAUGAUCUUGCCCUUGCCUGUAAACUGGAUUAUGAUGAAGAUGUUAGUGCAAUGCUGAAAGAAGUUCAACCUAGGGCCCAGAAAAUUGCAGAACAUCGGAGAAAGUAUGAGCGAAAACGCGAAGAGCGAGAGAUCAAAGAAAGAAUAGAAAGGGUUAAGAAGGCUCGAGAAGAGCAUGAGAGAGCCCAGAGGGAGGAAGAAGCCAGACGACAAUCAGGAGCUCAGUAUGGCUCUUUUCCAGGUGGCUUUCCUGGGGGAAUGCCUGGUAAUUUUCCUGGAGGAAUGCCUGGAAUGGGAGGAGGCAUGCCUGGAAUGGCAGGAAUGCCUGGACUCAAUGAAAUUCUUAGUGAUCCAGAGGUUCUUGCAGCCAUGCAGGAUCCAGAAGUUAUGGUGGCCUUUCAGGAUGUGGCCCAGAACCCGGCAAAUAUGUCAAAAUACCAGAGCAACCCAAAGGUUAUGAAUCUCAUCAGUAAAUUGUCAUCCAAAUUUGGAGGUCAAGCGUGAUGCCCUUCCGACAAAUAAAGCCCAUGCUGAAGGAAAAGCAACCUAUAUCACCUAAUGGAUGUCGCAAUAAUACAAACCAGUGUACCUCUGACCUUCUCAUCAAGAGAGCUGGGGUGCUUUGAAGAUAAUCCCUACCCCUCUGUCCCAAAUGCAGCUGAAGCAUUUUGCAGUGGUUUGCCAUUAGGGUAUUCAUUCAGAUAAUGUUUUCCAGCUAGAAAUUACAAUCUUCUAGAUACUUUUUAAACCUUAAAAAUAUUUGAAACUAAUUAAAAGGACAUGUUAAUUCCUA